AUGGCGUGGUCAAAGUCGACGCGUAUCAGCAUCAUGCUGGCCAUCGAUGUCGUCUUCUUCCUCGUCGAGCUGAUUGUCGGUUUGCUUGUCAAGUCGCUGGCCCUUACUGCGGACGCCUUCCACAUGCUCAACGACAUCAUUUCCCUUUGUGUCGGACUCUGGGCCGUCUCUGUGGCCAGUAAGGCCACCACCGACAAGUAUUCGUACGGAUGGCUGCGCGCCGAGAUCCUCGGCGCCUUCUUCAACGCCGUCUUCCUUAUCGCCCUCUGCGUUUCCAUCAUCCUCGAGGCCGUUAGCCGAUUCUUCGACCCUCCCCAGAUCGACAACCCCCAGCUGAUUCUUAUCGUUGGUUCCUUCGGCCUCGCAUCGAACCUUGUCGGCUUCUUUGUCCUCGGCGGUCACGGCCACUCUCACGGUGACGAUCACUCCCACGACCACGGCGAACAUGGCCACGCCCACUCCGACGAGCACGCUGCCGAGGAAGGCCGCGCCGCCAUGGCGGGCGCCGCUAACAAUGACAGCGGCAACGUUGGCGACCUCUACCCCGAGGCCAUCGUCGCUAGAGCCACCGCCCGUCCCGACACGUCUCGUCGCAUAAGGUUCGAGCGAGACUCUGAUCCUUCCGGCCGCGCCCCGAGCCAUGCCUCCUCCGCUUCCAAGAGUCAUGACCGCCGCAGAACCAGCUCCCGUCACCACUCGCGUCUCACUAGCAUUGAGGAUAUCAGCAUUCACCCUUCGAGCUUCCGACAGGAGAUCAUCGACGCCAGCCGGUCCCAGCCCGAAGGUUUGGAGUCGGCCAGCGAGAGCGAGGUCGACGAGACUGUUGUCGAGGAUGGCGAGCCUGACGAGGAGUCCCCUCUGCUCAAGUCCAAUGAUACCAAGCAAACCUACCUGAUCGAUGGCGGCCACCGCGGUCGCGCCGCCGCCAAGCGCCCGAGACGCGAGUCCAGCCUUCACCACGAGCACAACCACAACAAGGAGCGCAAGAAGGCGUCUGGCGGCCACGGCCACAACCACGCCGAUAUGGGUAUGAACGCCAUGGUCCUCCACGUCAUCGGUGACGCUCUCGGCAACGUUGGUGUCAUUGUUACUGCCCUCGUCAUCUGGCUGACCGACUGGCCCGGCCGCUUCUACGCCGACCCUGCCGUCUCGCUGUUCAUCACACUCAUCAUUCUCAAGUCCGCCAUCCCCCUUACCAAGGCGACCUCCAAGGUUCUCCUCCAGGCCACCCCCGAUAACAUCGACCUCCAGGAGGUCCGCGAGGAUAUCCAGAACCUGCCCGGCGUCCUCAGCUGCCACCACGUCCACAUCUGGCAGUUGUCCGACACCAAGAUCGUCGCCUCCCUGCACGUUCACGUCAACUUCCCCAUCUCCGCCGAGGGCGGCGAGAAGUACAUGGAGCUCGCCAAGCGCGCCCGUAAGUGCCUCCACGCCUACGGUAUUCACGCGGCCACCAUCCAGCCCGAGUUUUGCGGCGACGAUGAGCAUCACGACGAGGAGGAGCAGAUGGUCCAAUACGACGGCAACGGUUCUGUUGGCUCACUGAAGCAGACCUGCCUGUUGGAGUGCGUCGACAACUGCGCGGCCGGCGGCUGCUGCUCCGAGUCGACGGUUGCCGGUAGCCUUCGCAGCCAGUCAGCCCACAGCCACGACGGCCACGACCAUGACCACAGCCAUGAUCAUGGCAACGGUCACUCGCACUCGCACUCGCACUAA